AGUGACGUCAGAGAGAGAGCUGCAUGGCAUGCACACCGGAGCAGCAGCUCUACACACACUCCACACACUCACCGCUACACUCAGGUGAGGAUGGUGCAGAAGUACUGCUCUCCGGUGAGGGUGUAUAAGCAGCCGUUUGAGAUGGUGAUGGCGGCGUAUGAGCGGCGGUUCCCCACCUGCCCUCUGAUCCCGGUGUUUCUGGGCAGCGAGAUUCUCAGUGACGUCCAGAGUGAAGAUGGAGCGAUUCACACCAUCCAGCGCAGCUGCAAACUCAGUGUCGACGCCCCCCGGCUCCUCAAAAAGAUAGCCGGAGUGGAGGUGGUGUAUUUUAUCCAGACAAACACUCUGAACUGGAGAGAACGCACUUUACUAAUCGAAGCUCACAAUGAAACCUUCAGCAGCAGAGUGACAGUGCUGGAGACCUGCCUUUAUAGCGUCCAUCCGGAGAAUGAGAACUGGACGUGUUUUGAGCAGUCGGCCUCUUUAGACAUCAAAUCAUUCUUCGGGUUUGAAAGCACAGUGGAGAAGAUCGCCAUGAAGCAGUACACCGCUAACAUUAAACGGGGUAAGGAGAUAAUAGAGUACUACCUGUCUGAGCUGAUCUCUGAGGGUCUUACUGAAAUCCCCCGUUGGACUCCGCCCCCUCCACCUCCGCCUCAGACCUCCAACCUCCUCACCACCUUAAUCCCCCCGGACCUGCACACCGACACCGGCACCAGACCCGGCAACACCGACCCAGCGGAGGGUGAUAAGUUGGAUGCGGAGUAUAUAGAGAGGUUUCUGGGUCAGCUGACCCCGAUGCAGGAGAGCUGCUUAAUUCAGCUCAGAGCCUCACUGCAGCAAACACACCGCGGCAAGAUCCCCAAAGACGAGCACAUCCUGCGGUUCCUGAGGGCGAGGGAUUUUAACGUGGAGAAAGCUCGGGACAUGCUGUACCAGUCCCUCAGCUGGAGAACUGAGUUCCAGGUGGACUCCAUUCUGGACUCGUGGACGCCCCCUAGCUGUCUGAAGGAGUAUUACGCUGGAGGCUGGCACCAUCAGGACCGGGAGGGAAGGCCACUGUACAUCCUGAGACUUGGACACAUGGACACUAAAGGACUGGUCAAAGCUCUGGGGGAGGAGUCUCUGCUCAGACACGUUUUGUCCAUUAACGAGGAGGGUCAGAGGAGGUGUGAAGAAAACACUAAAAUAUUUGGACAGCCAAUCACGUCAUGGACGUGUCUGGUGGAUCUGGAAGGGCUGAACAUGCGUCACCUGUGGAGGCCAGGUGUGAAGGCUCUGCUCCGCAUCAUCGAGGUGGUGGAGGCCAACUACCCCGAGACCCUGGGGCGGCUGCUGAUCGUCCGGGCACCCAGAGUCUUCCCCGUGCUCUGGACUCUGGUGAGCCCGUUCAUUAACGAGAACACUCGUCAGAAGUUCCUGGUCUAUAGCGGCUCCAACUACCUGUGCUCUGGAGGGCUGGUGGACUACAUCCACUCAGAGAUCAUCCCAGACUUUCUGGGCGGAGACUGCCUGUGCGAGGUGCCAGAAGGAGGGCAGGUGCCGAAGUCGUACUACCAGACUGAGGUGGAGCUGGAACAUGCUGACCACAUCCGCCUGUGGACGGAUUCAAUCUACCAGUCAGCUCAGGUCUCCAGAGGAGCCCCUCAUGAGGUGAUGAUGGAGGUGGUGGAGGAAUCAUCAGUGAUCACGUGGGACUUUGACAUCCUGAGAGGCGACAUCGUGUUCAACAUCUUCCACUCCAAACGGACCCCACAACCACUGAGGAAAGAGGCGUCUCCUGCCCUGCCUGAGCUGAAUAACGUCCAGCUAAUCGACGGGAGCUGGACUUUAGGCGUGGACUACAGCAUGGUGGAGUCACCACUCACCUGCAGAGAGGGCGAGAGCAUUCAGGGUUCCCACAUUACCCGGUGGCCUGGACUCUACAUACUGCAGUGGAGAGCGAGUGGCCCCGCCCCCUCCAAUGCAAAUGAUGUCAUUCCAUCUCUUACAAGCUCCACCCACACCUGCAAGCUAAUGUACUACACUGAGCUGCUGGCUUCAUAUGACUUCAGGGGAUCAAUGACGAGUCUGGAAUCCUGUCACAGUGGAUUUUCUCAGCUCAGUGGUGGAACUACCUCAUCCAGCCAAUCACGAGACAGCUCUUACAUUUCAAGAUGACGACAUCAUCGUACACAUAGCGAACAACCUGAACACUAAAAGGGCUACAAAACUCUUUUUGACUAAAAUCCAAUAACUGUAAAAACUGCACUGAGCUGCGCUUUUAUAAUAUUUAAUACCAAAUAAACAUCUAUAAACACGCCAACAGAAACCAGCAUGAAAACAAAUGGGCUACAGUUUACAGCAGUUUAGCCCCGCCCCUUAAGCCUAUAGCACAAAGUUUAGCUAACUGAUAAACAAUACUGAUGCACUAAAUAUAAAAAGAAUCAUUAAUUUGAGGAGAUGACUUGAGAGAAUUUAGAUUUUUGCAUGGAAUAGUUUUAGUUAUUCUUUGAAAAAAAAAAAAAAGCCAUACAUUUGAUGAGGUAACCUAAAUAUGUAUUUAUGCAAAUGAAUGGGUAAAAUCCAUACAAAGAGAGUACCAUAAAGGGCUAAUUUAAGAUAAUAAUAUUUACUUACAUAAAGCAAUACUUGAACAAAGCACUGAACCUUAAACCUACUGCACAGUGAAGCACAUUUGCAUUUUUGAUGAACUCCUUAAUUAAUGAAUCAAUCUGAGGGCUAACAAAAGAACAAGCACCUACGCGAGUUCACGAGCUGCCUGAAACUUCGUGCAAUGUAUAAUAAUAUUAAAUCACUUUUAAAAAACAAGCUAUUUUUGUACUGGACAGAACCGAAUGUGAUGUACUGUAGUGGAACCCAGUCUGAACGGGUUAAAGGGGUUCUCCGACCAGAACCAAAUGUUAGGAAAUAACUAAGACCUCAUAUCCCUAGAUGUUUAAAAGAAAGGACAAUUUAUGGUUAAUAAAGUUUAAAACAGUUUAUGGGUCAUUCCACCAAACGGGUACCAGUUCUGUUUCCAGGAAAUUACAUGUAUAAAUGUGCACACAAAAUAAAUGUACAAUACAUUUUAUUAGACAAGUUUUUUUUU